AUGGAGUCUGAAAAGGGCCAUUUUGAGAACAGGAAGCUGUACUCAGAGUUUCUCACACGUACGAUACGAUACGUACGGGUUGCGGCCAAAUGGCAGCUUCUCGCCGAGAUUGCGGCCAUGAGAUAUAGUCACAGGGUGGUCAAGGAUCCCAGACGGAGAGUAAAGGCUCAGUAUGCUUGA